GAGUAUCCUGACUAUAAAUAUAAGCCACGUAAAAAGCCGAAGAAGAAUCCAGAUGGUACGAUUCAAAAUCCGCCACCAGGCAAUGGACCUGGCUCGCCAAGGAGUAAAGGGCUCAAGAGGCCACUGCAACACCUGGGCAGUAUCGGCAUGGCGAUCUCCGACCAACAAUAUCCUCUUGGAAAAUCCGUGAAGAUCGAUCACGACAGUGCUCGGGUGAAUUCGAACAUGAUGUCGUACAUGACGAUGGUACAAGAAGAGAUGAAAGGAUCGCCACAUGUAAAGCAGGAGCCGCGAUUGUUUCAUCCAUCGUUUCCAUCUCCGUCGGAAUUCGGUCAGGCUCCACUGACACCUGAGUCGGGCUUCUACGACGAAUACUACACACCCGGUGGUGCCUAUUCAAACCAAGCCGCCUCCAGUCCUCCGAAUCAUCUCCUCAUGCCCAUGCAUAGAUUGCCGACAAUUGAAUCCGGAAUGAUGACGCAGUUCAACGGCCAACCGGCUCCACCGCAGCAACAACAGCAGCAACAACCACAGCAACCAUUUUUCGUUCGAACCUCACCACAUGCACAUGCACAGCAGGAGCAGGUAGGUUCCAGUUCAUAA